GGCUACCAACGUGACCUAAAGUGUCAAGAAUUUUGACAAAAGUGCAGGCGCAGAAGUUGGCCGGUAGUUGUUACAACAGAAGAAAAUCUUAAAAGUCACGUCUUAUUUCUUUAUUCACCAGUAGAUUAAGCACCAAAUCAAUAAAUUAAGCCAUAAGGACCGUUUUGGAGUCGGUGCACGUGUUAUUUAGUUAUUACUCUUUGAAGUGACAACUACUACAACACACAUCCUGUCAUGGCGGCACCAUCAUCAACCGGUGUGGUGGUACCCCGAAACUUCAGGUUGUUGGAGGAGUUGGAAGCGGGACAGAAAGGCGUCGGAGAUGGUACUAUCAGUUGGGGACUUGAAAAUGACGAUGAUAUGACGCUCACGCAUUGGAUGGGAAUGAUAAUUGGACCUCCACGGACACCUUAUGAAAAUAGAAUGUAUUCAGUUAAAAUCGAGUGCGGCCAAAGGUAUCCGGACGACCCGCCUAUUGCUAAAUUUAUUUCUAGGAUUAAUAUGAACUGCAUCAAUUCAUCUACUGGUGUGGUGGACAAUAGACAAGUACCGGUGUUGCUGAGAUGGCAAAGGGAUUACACCAUCAAGACUGUCCUACAAGAGCUGAGAAGGUUAAUGACGCUCAAAGAGAACAUGAAACUAACACAGCCGCCUGAGGGCAGCUGUUUCUAGCCCUCGAGCCCCGGAACAUCGUCGACCCCCCUGUCCACGGUAACCACGUGCCCGCUGAGCGUUGACGCGUGUGCCGCUCAGGCCUGCCACCUGCUUUGACCGGCGGCGAGGGCCGAGGACCCACCUCUGUGUACAGCUUAAGAGCCUCACGCUGAUUAUUUUAGCCCUUCCCCCCAAAACAAUUUACAAUUACAACAAAUUAAACAAAAAAUACUUAUCAUUAAUAUCUACUACUAUUAUUAUUACCAUAGAUCGCCGUUUUAUUUCUUUAUUUUCUCUCUUUGUGCAUUUAUCAAGCUGUACUGCUAUGUAAUAUUUUUUGUUCAUAUUAAUAAAAUUUUUACUAUAGGAUUCA